AUGUUAAAUUGUCAUUAUGAUGUUCUUGGAAUUAACCAAAGUGCUUCCCUUAAUGACAUUAAAAAAGCAUACAAGCGUCUUGCUUUAAUCUUUCAUCCGGAUAAAAAUAACAGUAGUAAAGAAUCAACUGAAAAAUUUGCACAGAUCCAAGCAGCAUAUGAAGUUUUAUCUGAUGAAAUAGAAAGAAGAUGGUAUGAUACACAUCGCGAGCAAAUUCUUUAUAGGAAUUAUGAAACAUCAUCUAUGGAAAAUGGUAUACCAGUGACGACUUCAGAGGAAUUAAUGCAAUUUUUUGACCCAAUAAUUUUUAAGAAAAUGGACGACAGCAGUAAAGGGUUUUAUACAAGAAUUAGAGAUUUGUUUGAAAAGCUUGCAUCUGAAGAAUUAGCUGUUGCAAAACAACAAGGAAUAAAUGUGAAAAAGAAACCAUCCUUUGGAAACAGCAGAUCACCAUAUGAACCCAUCGUUAGAGAUUUUUAUGCAGAAUGGUCAUGUUUUUCUACUGAAAAAUCUUUUUCAUGGGUUGAUCAAUAUAAAUAUGAUAGCUCAGAAAGAAAAAUAAAACGCAUUGUAGAAAAAGAAAACAACAAGCUUAGGAAAUUUGCAAUAAAAGAAUUUAAUGAUACUGUAAAAUCUUUGGUUAGUUUUAUAAAAAAACGAGAUAUAAGAAUUAAAUUUGAAAAAGUUUCAGAAAAAGAUCGACAAGCAUCUCUUCUGGCUUCUUCUAAAGCUCAAGCUGAAAAAGAUAGAGCAAUUUUUCAGGCAAGUCUUGGUGUUUAUGAUGAACAAGAAUGGGCAAAAGUUGAAACUAAGAUCGAUGAUAACUAUAAAGAAGAAAGCGAAGAUGAAGAAAUAUUUGAGUGUGUUGCGUGUAAAAAAAUAUUCAAAAGUGAAAAACAAUUCAUGGUACACGAAAAAAGUAAAAAACAUAUUAAGUCCCUAAAUAUUUUAAGAAAAAUGUUUAAACAAAAAUUUUUGGAGCUAGGAAUCUAUCCUCCACAUGAAGAAUUAGAAUUAUCUGAUAGUAGUGAAGAAUAUUUUACAGGAGAAGAAGAUAUUGAAGAAUAUCAAGAACAAAAUUUAAAUAUCUUAAAAGAAAGAAAUUUUUUUCAAGAUGAUUCCAUUAUUGUUAAUAAUAGCUCUCCCUUUUUGAAACAUCUAAAUGAGGAAUCUGAUUUACAUGAUACCAAACUCGAUUUAAAAAAUUCGGAUUUUUUGACACAGACACAAAAUCUUGAAAAUGAUUUAGGGAGUUGUAUAGAUUCAUUAUCGAAUAGUUUGAAUGAAUCUUCACUUAAUAAAAAAAAUAAAAAUGAUACCAUAACUAAAACUAAAUAUUUUAAGAACUUAAAAAGAAAAAAAGAAAAAAAUAAUAACGAUACAAAUGUUAAUACCAAUAUUACAUGUACUCUCUGUCUUGAAAAGUUUUCAAGUAGAAACAAAUUAUUCGAUCAUUUUAGGCAUUCCGGACAUGCUCAACCAUUAUUUCAAGUAAAACAACAUAAAAAUAACAGAUCAUUACAGGAUAUAAAUUCUGAAUUUUAA